AUGCCGAUUGAUGUAAAUUUGCUGAGGGAGGAAAAAGGAGGUGACCUGGAGGUGGUGCGCCGUAGCGAAAAGAAUCGAGGGAGGGACCCUGCAGUAGUCGACGCCGCUGUGGCCGCUGACAAGUGCUGGCGCGAGUGUCUGUUCAAACUCGAGCAGCUGAAGAGACAACUAAACAGCGUGAAUAAGGCCCUAGGCGAGGAGAAGAAAAACGGGGCGAAGGGCCCAGCAGGCGGUAGUCGGGAGGCAGAGCUGCUGCAAGAAGCGCUUCAUAUACGGGACGUGCAGCUGCCUUCGGCUGCUGCAGCAGCAGCUGCUGCUGAGCGGCAACGAGAAUCGCUGUUGCAUCGCAUAGGCAAUAUUUUAUGUGCGUCUGUGCCCGUGGCGCUUUGCGAAACUAAGAAUGCUGUUCUCCGCACAUGGGGCUAUCCGCUGCCUAGUGCCGUGAAUGCAGUUCCAUCUUCUCUCGCAGCAGAGGGUGAUGGAAGUCCUGCAAAAGGAGGAUUACUACAUCAUCAUCAGAUAUUAGCUCGACUUGGAGGUGUGGAGCUCAAGAAAGGUGUCGAAGUAGCCGGUCAUCGCGGCUAUUACUUGAAGGGCCCGGGUUUUCUUUUGAACAUGGCGCUAGCGCAGCAUGGCAUCAAUUUCUUGCUUCGUCGUGGGUACACACCGGUGCAGCCUCCCUUUUUCAUGCGCAGAGAUGUCAUGGCACGCGCGGCCGAGUUGAAAGACUUUGAAGAAACGUUAUACCGUAUUCCGCAUGACUCUGCAGCCGCUGGUGUGCACGAAUCCACGUCAAGAACGAGUGACGGAGGAGCUGGUGGCGGGGCCCAGGACCACCAGCAACAACAAGAAGACCGAGACGAUAUGUUUCUGAUUGCAACUUCUGAACAGCCAUUGUGUGCAUUGCAUCGUGGACAGGUGCUUGAAGAGAAGCAACUACCGAUCAGAUAUGCUGGUUAUAGCAGCUGCUUUAGAAAGGAGGCAGGAGCACACGGCAAAGACUGCUGGGGAAUAUUCCGUGUACAUCAGUUCGAAAAAGUAGAACAGUUCUGCUUAUGCGCGCCUGAACAGUCAUGGCGUAUGCAUGACGAGAUGCUAUCGGUUGCUGAGGAAUUUUAUCAAAGCCUCGAGCUGCCCUAUCGUGUCGUUUCCAUCGUCUCCGGCGCACUUAACGACGCUGCAGCAAAAAAGUACGAUCUAGAAGCCUGGUUUCCUGCUUAUGGGGAGUAUCGCGAGUUGGUCUCUUGCUCUAACUGCACAGACUACCAGUCGCGGGCCUUGGAUAUACGCAUGCAGCGGCAGCAAAAGGCAGCCAUGAAAUCCGGUGGGGCUGCGCCGAAGCAACUCCCGCAAGAUCCAAAACCGUUUGUUCACAUGUUGAACGGCACGCUGGUGGCGACGCAAAGGUGUAUGUGUUGCAUCCUUGAAAACUACCAAACAGCCACAGGCGUCAAAGUUCCACGCGCUCUGCAGCCUUAUAUGGGCGGCGUGGACUUUCUGCCGUAUGUUCAAGCCGCUGACGAUCCUGCGGAAAAGAAACAACAGCACAAACGCGAGGCUUAG